AUCGCAACAUGAACGCGUAUCUCGCGCUGGCCGGCUUGCUCUCAGCGUCCGUACUCGCUGUACCAACAUCACAAUCACGCGAACGAUUCGGUUACGAAAGAGAAAUUAUAGGCAACCGAUACAAUCAAGUACCAAAACUUCUGGACUAUGUCCUUAACGAGGAAUACCUUAAUUCACAGAAGAACAGACCAAAACUUGUAACGAAACUGAGACCAGAGGACGCCGUCAUUUCAGACAACAUUAUAUUAGAAUCAAAUGUAGUGAAAAUUGUUAAACCCGCAAAGAAAUUGGAAGACGGUCAGUUGGUAAGACAGCGACGGGGUUAUAACUUAGAAAAUGUCAUAGUACCAGCCAGAUACCCUUAUCUGCCUGUGGUGCGGUACAAUCGCUUCCGGCGCUGGGGCUAGUGGUUUCAUUAAGAAGAAUAUCGCGCCAACCAAAGUCAAGGCUGCGAUGAAAAUGUUCUAUAGUAGUUCUCUAGACGCAUGUAUAGAUGCGCAUGCGCAUUGAUCCACUACAGAUACAUAUUCAUAAAUGUGGCUGUGAUCGGAUCGAGUACCGUAAUUUGGUUUUUGCAGACUACGAUCAAUAGAGUGAUGAGACUAUAAUUAAAUUUAGUGAUACAAUUAAAUUCUAUUUAAGAUAAAAAGUUAAAAUUA